AGCAUCUGUUCCUCCCUUUGCUGUUAAACACAGACCGGUGCUGAUAACACAUUUAUGUUUUCUGGGCUUCAUCAUCACUUGCCGUCGGGGAUCGUCCGCGCGCGUGCACGCUGUACCUACUUUUAUUAUUUUUUUUUUUCUUUUUUAAUCACCGACCCGCCGUGUGGAGGCGCAAAUGCGCAUCGGCGUGCGCAUCUUUGAAUCCUCUGGAACCUCCUCGCCGUGGACAGCCUCCCUGACAUCCGAGAGACAUCCUUGUCAGCUGCACAUCCCGACCAGGCUGCUCGCCUGGACGCAAAUCGGCUUCCCUGAGCCGCUGGCCCCGGACCUUUCACCCAGAGAAGGUCUUUUUUAUUUUUUAUUUAUUUAUUUUUUGAAAUCAGGGAGGACAUUUCCACGGACGUUUUUUUUUCUAACCAUCUGGGUUUUUUUUUUUUUAAUUAUUCUUAUUUUGUUAUUUGAAGAGCCUCCCGGUGCAAUGCUGGGCCCAUCUCACUAGAUCUCGUGAUCAACAGCCUUACACGGUCUCUCCUCCCACAUUCGUCCGCCCCUGACACCCCUGCUCCUUCUCGUCGAGCCCUAACGAUGCGUCCUCACGCCCUGAUGCUGGCGGUGGUCCUCCUGGGGAACUUGACGCUGCCCCCCGCCUCGGCUCAGAACGCUGGGUUUGUGAAGUCGCCACUGUCUGAGACUAAGCUUACUGGGGACACCUUUGAGCUGUACUGCGAGGUGGUCGGUAACCCCAUUCCAGAGAUCCAGUGGUGGUACGCUGAGGUCAACCGAGCCGACUCCUUCAAGCAGCUGUGGGACGGAGCCCGCAAGCGUCGGGUAUUCAUCAACACGGCCUCCGGCACCAAUGAGGUCAGUGUGCUCGGCAUCACUCGCCUUACUCUGGAGGACUCUGGGACCUAUGAGUGCCGGGCAAGCAACGACCCAAGGCGCAAUGACCUCCGACAAAACCCAGCCAUGACCUGGAUCCGAGCCCAGGCCACCAUUUCAGUGCUACAGAAACCAAAGAUAAGUGCUUCCGAUGAGAUCGUCCUGUCAAUGGACACAUCYAUCAAACCAGUCAUCCUGCAGUGUAACCUAACAGCUUCCCACACACCACACAAGGAAAGUUUCUGGAUGAAGAACGGACAAGAGAUCCCUAACACGCGAACAGAGCAGAGGACCACAGUAUACAGAAUUCCCAAACCACGGGCAGAUGAUUCUGGGGAAUAUUUGUGUGUUUACACUUUUGACAAAGCACCAAAUGCAAAUGCAACAACUGAGGUGAAAGCAAAACCUGACAUCACUGGUCACAAGCGAAGUGAAAAUAAAAACGAAGGGGAAAAUGCGACGCUUUACUGCAAGUCCGUCGGUUACCCACAUCCAACCUGGAAGUGGCGAAAAGUGGAUGGAACAUCUUAUACGGACAUUGACAACUCCACUGGACGGUUCUUCAUCAUGGACAGGGACAACUACACAGAGCUUAACAUACUAAACUUGGAUAUAAACACAGAUCCUGGAACAUACCAAUGCAAUGCCACCAACACGAUUGGAAACAACGCUCAGACAACCAUACUACGAGUGCGCAGCCAUCUUGCACCGCUUUGGCCUUUUCUGGGUGUCCUCGCAGAAAUUAUUAUUCUUGUUGUGAUCAUCGUUGUGUAUGAAAAACGCAAGAGGCCAGACGACAUUAUUGAUGAUGAUGAACCAGUUGGCCAAAUGAAGACAAAUUCAACAAACAACCACAAGGACAAAAACAUUCGCCAGAGGAAUACAAAAUAAGCAAUUUACUCAAAUGAGAUGGCUAAACUGAAUUUUUUUGACAACAUGAAAGUAUCAAGAGGUUGAUUGAACUCCUGGCAGUUUUGGAAAAUGCAUAUCUUGUCUCAUUCUUUGAGAAAUACUAUCAGCAUAACACUGGCAACAAUAAGAACAAACAGUCAUGGCUGUCUUAAGCAUGCCUUAUUCAGUCUUUGGUGGCGAUUCCAGGACGAUGAAUAAUGACUAAACCACCACAACGGUGUACACAUUUCUAAUGUGUUGUUGAUGUCUCUUUUAUUCAUUUUAACAUGUCCUCAGACGAGGUGAUCCCUUUUGUAUUACAUAUCAUGUACAAUGCAUGCAAGAUUAUUACACAAUAGGAUACUCAGAAUAGACAUUUUCUGUUAUCCCUCGUGUGGCUUUUUUUUUUUUUGCAUUCAAACGUUUUUUUUUAAAUUGAGUCAUCAUAUAUAUCUAUCUAUAUAUCUAUCUAUAAGUAUAUAUAGAUAGAUAGAUAUCAUAUAUACGUUUUUAAUAUUGAAAUUUGUACAGCAUAUUAUUGUCAUUAAACUACUAGAUUUAAUUUGCAACAAAAAAAAAUCUAAUUUUACCAGAACUUUUAUUGUGAAGCAAGGGCUUCAGUGACUGGCAGUAUUUCAAUUUUUUUUUCAUUUCAUUUAGAGUGCUUUCAGAAAAUGACUACUGUGUGUUUAACUAUCUUAAACAAAAAGGACAUGUGUAUUAUUUCUAUUUUCUUUCCAGAGUAACUUAGGUGUCUUGUAUCUGUUGAAGUAUGAGUGUUCAAAUGAUAGGAAAUCUGUAAAAAAAAAUUAUUUUUUUUAUAUUCCCCGGUUUCAUUAACUGAUUUUUAUUUUCGAUUUUUUUUCCUCUCUUUAACUGUAUAGCAUGGCUAUAAUCCUAUGCAAUAUGUAUUCUUAAAUAGAUAUAUGGAGGGCAGUUUGUUUUACUCAGUGAAGCUUUAACGGUGUGGGAUCACUUGGAAGCUGGCAUAGCAAAAUUCACUGCUGUAGCUGCAUGACUCCUCUUUCAAUACAAUGUAUAAAUGUGUGUUGCGGUGGAAAUGGACCUGCUUUAUGGAUGGGAACAGAGGGACCAGAGUAUAUAGCCACGAUCAAACAUAUGAGUGAGACCAAUAUUUUUUUCUGAAUAAAAAAAGAAUAAUGUAAAAAAA